CUCACAGAACUGUCCAGGAUGAGUUCCAUGCUGACCUUCUACCUGUUCUACCUGCUGAGCCUGAUCCUGGGCCUGGCCUGUGUGGGGUGUGUGUGCGUGUGGAACAGCCGGUGGCGUGGCGGCUUCGACUGGGACGGCUCGGCCCUGGAGUUCAACUGGCAUCCGGUCCUGAUGGUGACGGGGCUGGUGGUGCUGUAUGGCUACGGAGCCGUGCUGUACCGGAUCCCUCUGACCUGGGGUCAGAAUAAGCUGCCCUGGAAGCUCCUCCAUGCAGCUCUGAUGCUCUUAUCCCUCAUCUUGGCAAUCGUGGGACUGUGUGCCGUCUUUGACUUCCACAACACCCACAAGACUUCCAACAUGUACUCGUUACACAGCUGGAUUGGUAUCACAGCCGUGGCUCUGUUUGCCAUGCAGUGGGUGCUGGGUUUGGCAGGCUUCCUGCUGCCCUGCUCCCCUCUAACACUGCGUAAGCUGCUGAAACCUGUCCAYGUAUGGCUGGGCUGCAGCAUUCUGCUGCUCACCGUUGCUGCCUGCAUCUCUGGCAUCAAUGAGAAACUCUUCUUUGUCCUGAAAGCAAACAGCAGUGGAGCUCAGCCUUACAACAACCUCCCUCCUGAGGCUGUGCUAGCAAACACGUUAGGAGCUUUGAUUGUAGCCUUUGGGUUGGUUGUCCUCAACAUUCUGUUGAACAGUAAUUGGCAGAGACCGGACUCCAGGCCUGAGAACAUGACUUACACGCCGUUACUUCAAGAAGAAAAUGAGUGAACAGACAAAAACGUCCACCUGUUUGCUGUGAAAUCUCCUCAGAUUACAAGAAGCCACAAGAAUUUUGCCGUUAAACAUUGAAGUAGCUGUCCGACAUGUAUGAGAUGGUUGUAAAUAUUUAUUUUAAGUCAGAUGUAAGGUCGCUUUCUUUCACCCAGUGAAUAAAAUAAUGUUUCAUCAAA